UGAGUUCUGUCCGCAGCAGCCGCGAGGGCGACACGCGUGGAUCGUGCGUCACGUUUGGAAUUGAAAACGCAUCGCUCUGUUUUUACUUUUCUGGGAGGAAAGUCGCCUCAGAACUUUUAAAAGUGACUUUAACUUCGGAUGGAACCUGAUCACCUCCUCUUCAAACAUGGUCCGUAAAUGUGCCGCUGCGUUCCUCAAUGUUCUGGUCCUGGUCCUGGUCCUGGUCCGUGCCCGUGCCCGUGCGCUCUCGGCUCGAGAGUGCGCGCCGUGCCACCUACGCUCCUGCCCCCAGAGGUCCGACUGUGAGUCCGGACGGACCCUGGCCUCGGACCCGUGCGGAUGCUGCGCGCAGUGCAGCCGCCUGCAGUGGGAACUCUGCGGGGGGCCCGACUGGACCCUCGGCUACUGCGCGCUGGGACUGACUUGCGCCUCCCUCAACGGAACUGGACCUGCGGCGGUCCAUGAAACUGGAGUCUGUAAAGCGCUCCCGGAUCAUCCUGAGGCGGGCCUGGAGGACGAGCGCUGUCCUCUGAUAAUGGGCUGCAAGCUGGCAGGGGGUCAGUGUGUGUGCGACGCUCGACACUCCUGCCUGGGUUCCUUCACCUACGCAGACCAGGAAGCCUGCACCAAGGCCAGCAAGUCAGAGGGGCCACGGAGGCACGAGCACUGGGACCGGUUCAGAGAGAAGUACGUGGGCCCGUCAAACCCGGCCUGCAGGUUCUCCGGCUGUAACCUGACUGCCGAGGGCUGUGUGUGCGAGUCCCAGAGCUGCCAUCACCACUUCGCCUACAUGAACCGCAGCCAGUGCCAGGAAGCUGCAGAGCUGCUGAGGUGCGCUGGCGUGACCUGCCCCUCCGUACCGACGCCCUCCUGUCCUAAAGGAUCAGUCCUCACCAAGAGUUACACCCCCCCUGCUGGCUGCUGCCCCUCAGUACAGCCACAGUGCACCUGUGACCUCAGCGCAUGCCACAGAACGCAGUGCCCGAACGGACAGCAAGCUGUGGCCGUGAGCGUGGCCACGGGACGGCCGGGAGACUGCUGCGAUGUCUUCGAGUGCCAGAAAGUUCCAAAGUGCAUCCACAGCGGGAAGCAGUUUUCCGAGGGGGAAGUGUACCGGAUGGAACCCUGCUGGCUGUGUCGGUGCCGAGGAGGAAUCUCCUUCUGCUCCAAGGCCGAGUGCGCCGAGCUGGACUGUGAAAACUUCUACAUCCCAGAGGGCGAGUGCUGCCCCGUCUGCAUCGAUGUGGAGCUGCUGUCAGUGGACAACACUGAGGCCAGCUGCUGGGUGAACAACAAGCUGCGAGGACACGAGGAGCAGUGGAAGGAGGAUGACUGCACCUUCUGCCAAUGUGUGGAUGGAGAGCCACAUUGCACGGCCAUGGCCUGCAAGCAGAGCUGCCAGAACCCCGUUAAGAUCCCUGGAGAGUGCUGCCCCUUCUGUGAAGAACCUUCCUAUGAGACGGUGAGUCCGUUGCUGUGUCCUCCUCUGGAAAAUUGCUCCCUGUCCGGGAACGACUGUCCAUUUGGUUUCGAGCAGGAUAAGAACGGAUGUUUGCUCUGCCGCUGCCUCAACAAUGACUCGUGUCCUGACCUGGGACAUUACUGCCCCCUACAGUGCCCCAUGGGAUAUGAGAAGGAUGACUUUGGCUGUGAGGUGUGUGAGUGCAGUGUCCCCGUGCACAAGUGCCGACCUUUGACCUGCUCAAAGACCUGCCCCUAUGGAUACGUGAGGAACAAACACGGCUGCGAGAUGUGCCGCUGUGUCAAGUGCCCGCCCUUCACCUGCGACAAGCACUGCGACAACGGUUACCGCCACAACCGCAAGGGCUGCUCCAUCUGCAUGUGCAAAGAAAGUGACAUCGUCCCGAGCGCCACGGCCCCACCCCCCACACCCAGCGGUUGCCUGACCUCAGAUGGGCGGAGCUAUGAGGACGGCGUGAGCUGGCACGACGGCUGUCGGGACUGUUUCUGUCAGUCUGGGCGGGAGAUGUGCGUGCUGAUUUCCUGUCCCGUGCCCAGGUGUUCUCAGCCGGUAGUCCGACCCAACCUCUGCUGCCCAACGUGCGACGAUGAGUCCGGAAGCGGUCAGCCUGAAGGCUUGGACAUGGUGGUAUGCAGAGCUCCCGGGGGGGACUUCUAUGUAGAGGGGGAGACCUGGAACUUGGACGAGUGCACACGCUGCACCUGCAGGAAGGGGCGUGUCCUGUGUGACACUGAAGUUUGUCCCCCUGCUCUCUGUAAGACACCAGUCCGGAACAAGGACACUUGCUGCCACAUCUGCCCAGCAGAAGAGACACUGAACACUUUGCUGCCAGUGAACAGCACCCAGCAGGCAUACUGCAUCACCAGUGACGGCGACGUCAUGGCAGCCGGUGACUCCUGGAAGCCAAAUGCCUGCACCAGCUGCACGUGCACCAACGGCACCAUUCAGUGUUUCUCCCAACGCUGUCCUGCCGCCAGCUGCAGGGUGCCCGUGCUCCGCAAGGGUCAGUGCUGCCCGCACUGCCUCAAAACGACCACGUCGCUGCCGUUGACUGUUUCUACCGGCGCCCUGAAGAUUGUUGUCACACCCACCAGAAGAAGUACAUCAUGGGUUACCACGGUUACCAUGCCGACCAUCAUCACUUCUGCAGAUGAACUGGGUUUGGGCCAGAACUACCCCAGCCAGACCCAGACGGCCCUCAUCUACCAAUCAGCUGCCUGGAUACUAGCAGGUCUCCUCCUUGCCAUUGUCAUCUUCCUCAUUGUGGCGUUACUCAACAAGAAGAAGAAGUGGGUGCAGAUGUCGUGCUACAGUGCCCCCAAGAAGGCGGUGAGCUUGAAGAAGCACAUUAACAAGAACUCUGUGGUCUACAUGGAACCAUCCAAAGAGAACAAGUUCCACAACGUCAAGACGGAUGGUGGCAUCAUCCACUUCUCUCCAGAUAUGACUACUUCCUGUGCGGACAAGAUGACCAUCCCCAGAGCCAAGCUGAGCAUGGCCAACGACUGGUCGCCGUGCUAAAAGCUGGAGUGGCGUAGCUCCUCCACUCUUUCUGCUGUAUCCAUGGUGACUUAUGUAAUGGUGCAGCUCGGACGCCACCUUGUUUCCGCCUUCCUCUCUCUGUGACGGCAAAACCGAGGAUGAGACAAACCCGUGACUGCCGUGUCGUCCUCUCUGGAAAGUAAGAACAGCCGCUGGGCGGAGUCUGACAGAUAAAGGGCGUGUCCGCUCUGGCGGGAAUAAUCACUAUGAACAUCGUUAUAUUAUCAUUAUGGCCUCUUCUGGAACCGGCCCGCUGAGGAGACGUGAAGCUUUAGCGCAGGGGUUUGAAGCGGCGUACAGCAUGCUAACGCUCAUGGACGCCAUUGUUCUGCAGGAACGCCAAAGGAAUCAAUGACUCCAAAUCCCAAAAGAGCCAAACCCCUACUUUAGAAUGUGUGUUCAUCUUAGUUUUGUAUAUUUCCCCAAGUUGUAAAGUUCAUUGUGGUGCCAGAGACAUUUUGAAGAUUCACGCCUGAACAUCAAGGCUCGUUUUAACUGUGAAACCAAAACAGGCCUCAAACACACCAAAUCAGCACAAUUCUUCUUCUACUCACUCGAAGAUGGGACUUUUCCUCUUCAAAUGUGAUCUCAAUUACAGACAUCUGGGGUCAAGAAUAUUAUGACCACGAGAUUAAAACGUGUGUAAUGAGGUGAAAGCCAACCAGGAUGGCCUCAGCCAUUCAGUGCAAAGACAGAAAUUAUUCCAUUCCCAAAAUGAGGACACCCAGAGGUCAUUCAUGCAGUUUGAAACUUAAAUUUCCUGACUCCUCUCCCUUUUUUGCAAUACUUGUAGGUCAGGCCACACCCCCUCAGUCAUUUUUUUAAGAAGCUAUUGAAAAGUAAUUACUAAAUAAUAGCUCUGUGCCUGUUACAGCAAACCACUCCAGUGAUGGAACCAGAAUCUGAUGUUCCACAAUCCAACACCAAGAUCUCAAUCCAAAGUACAUUCUGAAGUCAAAACUGGUUUCUGUUGAAUCUUGGUUACUGGAAAACCUGACUUUUGUUCUGUGUGUUUAAAAAUACUUUAAAUUAGUCAGAGUACCUUAUUUAUUUUUUCCAUAUAGUUUUAUUUAUUAACUAUAGUUUAAAGGGUUUUUUUAUUUUUGUGUUUUGGUGGCCAAAGCUGCUGUACAUUUUUACCAUUUCUUUCAGCUUCUGUACAAUUUUAUUUAUUUCAAAGUUGAAAACUCUGUACAUGUUUUCUUGAAAAAUUGUAACUAUUUCGCUUUUGAAAAAUAAAAUGCGUGAACCAAAGU